AUGGGGUCCAUCACGGAGAAACACAGCACCGAUCAGCAGGCCUUGCUCGACGCUCAGCUCGAGCUCUGGCACAGCACAUUUGCCUUCAUCAAGUCCAUGGUGUUCAAGUCCGCCUUGCAGCUUGGCAUCGCCGAUGCCAUCCAUUGCCAUGGCGGCACUGCCACCCUCACCCAGAUAGCCACCAAGGCCGCGCUGCACCCGUCCAAGACACCAAACCUGCGCAGGCUCAUGCGCGUCCUCACAGUCGCCGGCAUCUUCAGCAUCGCCAAGAACUCGCCUGACGACGACGGUGGUGACCACGUCUACGGCCUCACUCCGGCGUCUCGACUCCUUGUCGGCUCAUCACAGAACCUGACUCCAACACUGAGCCUGAUCCUUAACAACACCUUCGUGUCCCCGUUCCUUGAUCUUGGCACGUGGUUCGAGCACGAGCUGCCGGCGACAGACCUGCCCCUCUUCGAGCUGUCGCACGGGAAGAACGUGUGGGACGUCGUCGGCCACGACCCGUCCAUGAGCCAGCUCUUCAACACUGGCAUGGUCGCGGACACCCGCUUCCUCCUGGACAUCGCCAUCAAGGAGUGCGGGGACGUCUUCCAGGGGAUAAGCUCCCUGGUCGACGUUGGCGGGGGCCAUGGUGCGGCGGCGCAGGCCAUCUCAGUGGCGUUCCCUGAGAUAGAGUGCACCGUGCUGGAUCUUCCACACGUCGUCGCCACCGCUCCGGCUUGCGCCGGGCUCAGUUUCGUUGCUGGUGACAUGUUUGAGGCCAUUCCACCAGCGAAUGCUGUCUUCCUCAAGUGGAUUAUGCACGAUUGGGGUGACUCUGAGUGUGUCACGAUAUUAAGGAACUGCAAGAAGGCUAUACCAACACGAGAUGCAGGCGGCAAGGUGAUAAUAGUAGAUACCGUGGUUGGUGCAGGGCCUCCAAAUCUUAAGAAUAGGGAGACACAGGUCAUGUCUGAUCUCUUCUUUAUGAUAGUCAACGGCACUGAGAGAGAUGAGCAAGAAUGGAGGAAUAUCAUCUUUGAAGCUGGUUUCAGUGACUACAAGAUUAUACCAGUUUUAGGUGUUCGAUCAAUCAUCGAGCUCUACCCCUGA